ACAAAGAUCGAAGAACGUAAAAUGGAUCGUGCAACAAUUCUCUUCUGCUAAUAAUAAUCGAAAGCAUUUUGGUAAGACACUACUGGCCAUUGCUACAUCUGCCACACUACCGAGUCACGAACACUCGACCAAACUCACCAAUAAUCGUAGAAUUCCCUCAAACGAGACCCCGAAAAUACGAUAUUAUUUUAACCUUCAAUUCUGUUUAGUUGCAAAACGUGACAACUCACCCCCAAAAAGUCCAUUUAUCCCGAAAACGAGUGGUCCCCGAGAAAAAUGUCAAGGAACCUUUUUCGCGGGAAAUUAAAUUCUCCACAAAAAACGUUCCGUGACGUUUCUCCCUAAAACCACUCGGUCCCGAGAUAACUGCGUCACUAGAAACGUGUGAAAUCGAAUUUUUUAUUAUUUUCUGUUUCGCCACUUCAAAGAUGCGUGAAAUCGCAAAAAAAUUGUAUUGUAUCACGUGGAUCGAGAUUUGCGAUAAUAGGGUGACUGCCCGCGUCAUGAAAAUAAACUCAUUAAUUAAUUAAUUGAUUGAUUGAUUAAUUAAGACAGCUCCUCGCGAAUCCCUUUUCCCCCAUUUUGAUUUUUUCGUGAACGAGUUGAAUAAUGUUUUGAUAGAUCGCCAAGAAUCGUGCCAGCAUAUUUGGCUAUCUAGUAAAUGCAAGAGUUCAGGUUGGGCGGAGGGGGGAAUUGCAUUUAUAACGUUAGAAUUCUCAGGGUGAUGUGCGUAAUUUGAAGAGUGGCAGGACAAUUUUUUUUUCAACUCUGCGAAGAAGGAUGAAUACAGUGGACGAGAAGGAGGACGGGGAGAUCUCGUUGGAGGACGUGAGCUCCUCGGACGAGGGAGAAUCCAACUACAUGGUCCCCUGGAGUCACUCCACGAUGUCACCGACGAGGAGGAGCCACUCACUGCGAGACGCAGGUUACGGCAAGGAGAAUCGCCAUUACCCACGCGAGUUAAAUUCUCGCUACCUCCCAAAUCCCGCAUCAAAAGCGGACGGUCUCCUCCCAAUCUCAAGUGACGAUGAGCACGAGAUCGUCGAGCUCCCCGACGCAUCCCACCACCUCUGCAUCCACCUCGGCAAGAAGAAACACAAGAAAAGGAAGAAGAAGAAAUCCUCAGGAGGUGGUGGAAUGCUGCUGGAGGAUUUCGUGUCAGGGACAGCGCCCGAUCCCCUGAUGCUGAACGCCCCAGUGGCGCCCACCGAGAUAACAGUCCACAGACGCCGAAGAUCCCCAAGUCCCCGGGCGCCCCGCCGCCACUCGCCCGUACCCAGAGGGCGAGCGCUCUCUCGUUCACCCCCAGACACUCCCCCGAGGGUCUACCGUCUGGCGUUCAGAGGGGAGUCUCCCUCGCCCAGACAAUACUACUCGCGCUCCCCCUCGCCCCGACGAAGAUCCCCGAGGAGAAUCCGCCUCCCUGGGCGCGAUGACUCCCCGAGAAGAUGCCGUCAACCCUCGAGAUCGAGAUCCCCCAGGAGCCUGUCACCCGCGUCGAGACCAAGAUCCCCGAGGAAGUCCUGCUGUCAUCACCCAGCAACAACCUACGCCGACCUCUACGCCUCCUCUCUCCUGAAGAAAGUUCGACUCCUCGAGGGUGUGGGGACGAUCACCCCCGACCGAAAGCCCAAGGACCACUCCUCCCUGAAAGAAAAACUGAACAACAUCCUGAAAACGAAGCCAGACACCAACGAGCCUGACCCGCAGCCGAAGGAGAGCGUGAGUUCGCAAUCAGCCACCGAGGAAGAGGACGAGAACCUGGACGUCCUAAGGCGCUUGGCCCUGGAGACAAAGCAGCCGAAGCUGGAGACGCCUGAGCCCGAUCACCUGAGCGACAACGACCCCGAGGACCUGGAGCUGCGGAUGAUAGCCCUGAAGUCAGCUGUGAUAAAGAAGCACCAGAAACGAGUGAAGAACGGCCAGACCAAGAGGAGCAAUCCGAGGGAGAUGAGUCCCUUCGUCGACAGUUUCCUGAACGACCUGGAGCCCGGCGAGCCCUCGUCGUCGCCGGAGGGACCCCGAGGUCAGCAGGUGGAGGACAUGGAGCUGGACACCGACGUGGAGAGAGAGAAGGAGAGCUACUCCCCGUACUCCCCAACAGACGAGAUAGUCCGGAAUUCCCCGGAGGUCCAUCAUUACCGAAAAGUGUCGUCAGACGUUAAACCGAUGGUCUCCAAGAACGAGGAGGAGAAGGACUCGGGGGACGGCGUGAACAUGGAGGCCCCCUACUCCCCGACAGACCCCACGAAGACCCCUUGGGUAGACAGAUUCAAGAAGGAGAGAAGAAAAAACAUCCUGAGGAUGAUCACGAUAAACAGCGACAGCGAGAGCAGCGAGGCCGCUCCGUACUCUCCCUCAGACACUCCGCUGUACGACCCUGAGCUCCCCUACUGUCCCCCAGAGCUCCUGGGCCCCCAGAACGACGACAGCUGUGUCGUCCUCGAUCUCUCGAUGAAAGAUCCACCAAAAAAGGACGAAAACUCCCAAAAAAUCGAAGACUCUUCUGGAAGACCUGCAGUGCCUCCCCCAGAAGCCGUCGGAGAUGGCCCAGAGGCACCUGAUGAUCCAACGCCUCACGCCCCCGCACCAGCUCCAGACGUUGCCUCGAAAGAGGGAAACGAACAGACGGAUCCUGAGCCGUUGUCUCGUCAGUUGCUCCGUCUUGUGAAGCCCAUCAGCCCCGAGAAUUCCUCGAGAGCUGCUGAGGCCCCGGGCGAGCCCCUCUACCUCCGAGGUCUUCCCGAGGUCACCAAAGAGCCGAACAAAAUUCCGAUUCUGGUGAACAAAUCCCUCGUGCCAGUGUCAAUCCUGAAAACCAACAAGAACCUCCAGCAGCCACUGCCCCAGAAGAGGCUCGAAGUGGCGAGCGAGCCGGCCUUCAAGAGCGCUGAGAUGCUGCCAGUUGACGUUGGAACGGACCCAGUGGCAACUCCUGUCUUCAAGCCGAUCAAGCUUCAGCCGGUGGCGAAGAAGCCGACGGUUGUGGCGCCAGCAGCUGCCUUCAACAACGUUUCUAUGGACGAGAGCAAUGUUGAGGGGUCUGAGGGCACUAUAAAAGUUGCUUCAGCCAAAGACGAUGGCGAGAGGAAGAUGGAUGAGGAAAAAAUCCCUGAAGUGGUCAAGAAGAAGGUGAAUGAUGGAAAAACCCCUGAAGUGGCCAAGAAGAAGAGGAAGAGGGGAAAGCCGAGGGCUGGGAGGAAGAGAAACAGAGGUGGUGAGGGGCGAAGGAAACGCCUGAGGGAGAUGGCCAGGAAUGCGGCUCUUUCUGCAGACUCUGAAGCCAAUUCCAGUCUUCCUCAUGACGAAUCGAAUGCAGCUGACGUUUCUAGAGCGUCUGAAAGCAGCUCGACGUCACAGCGAGGGGAAUCGACCAGCAGCAGAUCGAAAUCCAGUGAAAGGGAGGAGAACGAGGCAAAUUCCUCGGGUUCGAGGAGGGAAGCCAGUGCUGAGGAAAAUAAAGGGGAACAGAGGGUUCAGGAGACUUCGGAAGAGGAUGUCAAUGAUAGGAAACGGAGGAAUAGUAUUGAAGAGGAUGAGGAGACACUGAGAGCCAUUCUGCUAGCUUCGUUGGCCAAGCGACCAAAGUCCGGUGAGAGCAGGGGGUCCGAUGAGGCUCAGAGGGGGCCCGAGGGGGCGGCAAAGGCGCAGAGAAGUUGUGAGGUCUCGGCGAAGGUUCAGGAUGUUGUGAAGGUUGUUGAGAGAGGAAAGGACGACGAUAAACUGGUUAAUAAGACUGUGAAGGCUUCUGAAGUUGGGGGUAAAUCGUUGAAACCGACGAGUGGGGAUCCUCCGGUGAAUGCUGUGGGUUCAAAACCUUUUGGUGGAGCCGGUAGCACGGCAGGGGCGGUUCAAAGGGCCUCAGGGAACGGUCUGCAGGCGCCUGGAGGCCUUCAGGCGAGUGUCAUCGCUGCGGUUGAGGCCAAGAAGAGAGCGAAUCCGACGGUUAUCAGGGGACCACCGAAGAAAAUCGUCAAGAAAGCUGCCAUUCCUGUCAGCACGAAGGUUGUUAACAAUGCUAAGAAGUUCCAGAAUACCAUGAUGCAGAGGAAAAUGAUACUCCAGGCCCAGGGGAAGGGGACUACGAGUGCUGGUGGUGGAAGCGGUGGCUCGCAGAAUAUUAAAUUGGUGAAUGUUAAGGCGAAUGAGACGCACAGGCCGGCGAGCCCGAUGGUGAAGGCCUCGGGGAAGGUGCAGAGUCUGGUUAUCAAGCUGGGGGAGGACUCUGAUAGCGACUCGGGGGAGGAGGGGGGACAGUGGGCCCUGGGGAGAGGCGGGCAGAGGGAUGUGCUGGCGAUACCCACGACGGAUUUCGAGAAGAGUGUCGACCAGUUUCUCAAGGAGCAGAGGAAGAAGCAGGAGACGAUGGCUUUGGGCUCGGCUCCUGCUACGUCCACACCCACCAGUGCUGCCAAGGGGACCGGGGCUGCCAAGGGGAACGCUGGACUCAGUGGAACUCCUCUGGCGGUUCGACACCUUCCCCCAUCCCAGCAAGAGGAGUACAAGCGCCUUAAGCAGAAAAUCCUCGAGAAAGAGCGGCAACGAGCAACUCGACAAAUAAUAAACACUCCCCCAAGCCCCCUGUCCCCAGCAAGUCCCAUCUCCAAGCCCAACAAGUCCCUCACCCCAAAGCUCCCCUCAGCCCUCUCAAAGCCCUCGAAUCCCCCAGACCCCAAGGCUCCCACCAAGGCCCCAAUAAUUCCAAAGCCCCCAGGUCCAAAGUCAACGACAAUGGACCAGAAUUCCUCUCAAAAGUCCCCACAACCGAUGCUCAUUCCCACGAAAACAGGGGUGACCGAUCAGUUUAUCAUCAACAGUUCGCCUGCAUCAUCUCAGCCAAUGGCAAACCUCAGUAUUCAGAUACCAAACGAUAAUGUGACACCAGGGGGUCGAAUAGUCUUCAAUAAACCAGAGAAUUUGGAUGAUAAUUCGUCGAAAGUUCCCUCUGCACUCAGAAUUCUCACGACUGAUCAACUCAACUCCAAGUUCGUGCAGGUCCAGCUGAGGCAGGGGGGCAGAACAGUGACUCUGGGCGAUGGGGGUCAUGAGAAGUCCAUUGGAGAGCUUUUGCAAUGCAGUGAUGUUGAUGUUAAUUGUGAUUCCGUGGAGAACAAUGAGAGUUCAGGGGGAAAUAACAGAGGGAGUAGAGGAUUGGGGGCAAUUGCGAGUGGAACUGACACUUCAAACGUCGAUCAGACGAGUCAGGAGACAUUGGGGGGGGAUUCUGGGUCUGUGACGGUGGACUCCGAAGCUUCGACUGUGAUUUUGCCGCCGAGAGAGGGCGAAAGUUCGGAUGGGGAGGUCUCCAGGGAGUCCGGGGACUCGACGGUCGUGCUCGAUGAUACUGUGGAGGAACGAACAGUGGGGGCUCAGAGGUCCCCUUGCAGGGCCAAGAGCAAGUCGCCGACUAAGGAACACACCGAGAAGAUCAAGUCCGAUGUCAAGGCGGUGCUGGAGGGCCUGGCGGCGUUGAGCGAGGAGCAGCAGAGGGAGAGGUUGAAGGAGAUCGAGCAGAACUUGGUGACUAAGAGGUACUCGGUGCUGGAUGAUUUGACUGAGAUGUCAAGUACACUCAAGCAGUGGGAUAUAGAGCGUGAGCUUCAAACGAAUCUGUUCGCCGAGUUGAGGAGACUCAGAGCUCAAUUGGCAGUAGCUAAGGAGCGACUGCUGGAGCAGAGAGCCAAGAUCGAUAACAUCGGGCCGAAAGUGACAAAUGCACACAAAAUGAUCGUUGAGGGACGGACUGAGUGCCUCAAGCUCACUAAACUCUGCCAGGGCAUUGGAACUAAAGUUGUUGGACAACAGUACAAGGUGCCUGUGACCGGUGCACAACUGAUGAUGGAGAGGCUGAAGGAAGUAGCCUACCACACGAGACAGUUAUCAAGGAAGAAAGUGCCAUGUGAAAAUAAUAAUAAUAGUAAUGAGACAGGAAGUGUUAGUGAAGGACAAUUGAGUAAGGAGAGAACAUUGAGUGGAGACUCUGAAGGUUCCUGGGAUCAGAGCAGUGGGAGUGGUGAUAACGUUAACAGUGGAGCAGAACAGAGUGAUAAUGCCACUGGAGUUGUCAUUUCCAGAUCAACCGAGGAGAGCCAGAGCGAUGCACUGACCCAGAGUGGCCCUUUGCCUGGUGACAGUACACUGGAAAUUUCUGGGGAGAAUCCAGGGCUCUUGACCACUGUGGAGACGUCGUGUCCAGGUGGAUCGAUCGAGAGGCUGUCGCAAUUGGCUAAUUCGUACGAGUCUGUGCUGACGAAUGUUAGGACGCCUAGACACAUCGAUUGUAACCGUGAGCUCUGUCCCUUCGAGCUGACUGGUGUCUGCAAGGACGAUGGCUGUCUCUACAAUCACUUGGAGCCCAGAAACCAGCCUCAGACGAUUCUCUAAUAACCUAGGAUUUUUUUACAUACGUAAGGCUCAACAGAUAAGAAGAUAAAUCCUCCACGAAGAUAAUAAAUCAUCAGCUGAUAUUUUUCGUUCCACUGAUUAAUUUUUAUGGCGAUUUCCACUCCACUGGAUGGUAAGUUGUCUUCAUAAAAAAAAAGAAAAAAAACUGGCUGGAUUUAUCUGCCACUGAUUUUUACACCUAAAAAUGGGCUGUGAACACUAGCAAAAGGGGAUUAACACCCAAGAGAUAAUCCAUCAGGCCAUUGAUUCCUACUUUUUAAGUUUUUUGUCGACACGACAAAAAAAUAUCGUCUCAUUCCAAAUAUCCAAUCUUACUGGUGACAUUUAUUUCUCACUUGUUUAUUAUUUUUUUUAUGUAUAUUAUAUUGUGAAGACUUUAAAAAGGGUUGAUGCGCAACUAUUUCGCGUGUGAAGUACUGUAAAUUGUCUCAGAGUGACUUAAGUAAGUGUGAACGAACGUGACAGCGGAGCACAUUUUUCAUAUGAAGAGAUUAUUUAAUUUUUUAAAGGCAGUUCAGAAUGGAGAUGAUCUUUGAAGUACUUAUUUCAGUUAACGAAUUUGAUUCUAUUUAUCGGUCGAAUUUUGAUUACUAUUUUUUUCAUUCGUUUUUUUAAGUUUAAUUACCCAAAUAACUAUAUACCUCAUGGAAAUUCAACUCCUGUACCUGUGUAAUAAAAUUAUUAAUAUUUUUUCGUA